AUGAGUCAGGAUGAAAAAAAACUUUCUGUGGCUACUGUUGCUGGAACGAGCAUCAAUUUUCUGAAAAUGGAUCAGUCGUUAAAUAUUUACCCGAAAUGCUGUCAGAACCAUACUCAUUCCGCGAUUCCGCAAAUAUAUACAAGCGAUGAUAUCAUUAAAUGCGUAACACCGAAUUCUCAAGACAAGGCUUUUUUAUUCUAUUACCCUAACGUUGAUGACGUUCAUGCAAAUCUUCCUAAAAGCGAGGAUUUAACUUUAAAAUCCGAAAGACCAGGAAGCCCACACUUUGCACCCCAACCAAAAUGUCUGCCUGGAGAGUACAACACUGAUGAAGUUAGGAAACCACCUGGUAAAUAUUUUUUAUUUUUGCUUUAUUUUUAUAAAGUAACGACAAGAGGGCAACAUCCGGGAUUUAUUCUUCUGAGCGUCAAACACGAAAAGAUAAACGACACUUUACCUUCUGUCCGUGUAGUCACCGGAGGCCAUAAAACAACCAGUUUGCCUCUGCGAAAGAUUUCGCGUAAACGUUUUAGGAAGGUGACACUGACCCCACGCAAUUCGGAAAAUAUACAUCUUGAGGAUGUCGGCCCUCUCUCCACAGAAGAUGCGUUAAUCUUUGACCCAAGCAUGAAGGAGAAGUCUUCAACUCAUUCCCGAUUUAGAGUGACUCGAAUUGCCGAUUCAAGUAGUUGGUGGAUUCCUAGAAGCCCUACAAUGAAUAUUUGUGUUCAUGAUUUAAAGACCUCUUCUAUUCCGGAUUUUGUGGCAAAACAGUGUCAUAAGAUAACAUCUAGUCUGUCAAGCGCCACACCAAAUUACAACGAAUGCAGCAGGGAUUUCUGGAAUUGUUUGGAACCAGAUUACCUUCAAAAUGUAAAGAAAGUCCUCAAGUUUUCUGCCACAAUGAUAUGCAAAAACUUUCCUGACAUAUUUUUCUCGGACAAUUUAUUUAUGGUUGAAGGCAGCAAAUGCCAAGCUUUGCAUUUGUUAAUGCUAAAACUGGAUUUCUUCUUGAACCAAAUAGAACUUCCCUUUUUUAUUUUUCAAUGGGACGAUGUUUUACUUAUCUAG